AUCCUCUCAUCUGCACAACUCAGACUUUCAUCUGUAUGUCACGACGGCCAGCCAUGCGCUUGCUCUCAACUCGGGCAACUGUGCUCUUAAGUCAAUCUGCACCCUUACUAAGGACAUGUACUCGACCUCAUUUAGCUGUCGGUAGCAGGGCGCCAUGGGGUCAUCCGCAAGGUCCUCUGACUUUGCAACGAAGCCUCAAAUGCAGUAAGGAUAGGAUACCGACUCCUUCGUGCUCCAGCCAGACCACGAUUUCUGCAUCCAUGACAACAUCGCAAUUCUGGGCCUCAACAGCAACCUGGAAACGCGCAGCAGUCAACACGCUCCGGUGCCUGGUUGGCUGCACCGCUGGAGAUUUCUCGGCAAUGUGGUAUCUCCAACUCUCACACCCGACUCUGGGAAUGGGCACUAUAAUGGCGAUAUCCAUGGCUUCAGGUAUCACCUCUUCGAUGCUUUUGGAGACUACGCUCCUCCGAUAUGGUUACGAUCGUCUUCCUUGGAUGGCUGCCGCUCGAACUGCUGCGGGGAUGAGCAUGAUCUCAAUGAUCACAAUGGAGCUGGCGGAGAACGUCGUUGACUACUACCUAACCGGAGGAGUAGUGCAGCUGGAUUCUGCAGCCUUCUGGGGUGCGGCUUUGCUCUCUGUGUCAGCAGGCUUCAUAGCGCCUCUGCCAUACAAUUACGUGCGCCUGAGGAAAUACGGCAGGGCUUGUCAUUGAAUCGACCGCUUACUCGCAAUGCGUCAGUAUCGUGGGUCUGUGGACAAUUGGAUCUGUAUGAUAUUGUAUUAUUUGUGCUCCAGGUGCCGUGUGGCGUGCAACUGAUGUUUGCAAUGGU